CAGGUGUAUAUCCCAGAAGCCCGAGGGGCAGGAGCGGAUGUUUAACUCACUGCCUCCAUUAAACUUUUCUCUUUGUCAUUUGUGUGUGUGAUUUUAUAGAGCCGGCAGAUGUCUGAGAGUGACCCUGUAGACAAAUAAACACGGCCGGCCGGUCCACGUGUUUCCCUGCAGUAAACUAGUAUCACAGACAGAGAUAAUCGCUCUGUUCAAGCACUGCACUCAUGUUUAGACUCAGAGAAUCUUUCUGCAUUGCAUGCUAAUAAAGUACGGUAAGAUGCGCUGUAGUGCAUGAGUGUUUAGCUCAGCGCGUUUGAUAGGGCUUUCCUCUGCGAUUGUGAUCUCUCUCCAACAUCCCUGUAACAUUAUCAGCCGCUUUUAGCUUGUUUUUAUGAGUAAGAGUCAGGUCUAGAAUGCUUUUGUUCCUCUCCACAUGACUGAAAAGGCCUGAGAAGCUUUUUAACGGUCGUUUCUGUUUUUUGUUGUUGUGUUUUCCAGUUUUUUCCCUGGUUCUGCACGUCCUGUAAACCAGGCCCAGCAGAAAAUGCCACCCAACAGUUUUGUCUCCUGCAGCUUGUCUCUCUCUCAUAUUCUCUCUCUCUCUCUCUCUCUCUCUCUCUCUCUCUCUCUCGUGUGUGUGUGUGUGUGUGUGUGUGAGAGAUGUAUUAAUUCCAGAGGCUCUCACCAAACAUUAAGUCGUUUAACUCUAGUUCUGUUCCUCUUCAGCAUUUGACACACACACACAGAGUUUAGUUUUGGAAGUUUAUUCUGUUUCAGAUCAGCUUUAGCUCGUAAAGCGAUGUUAUUUGCAUUGGUAAUGGUAAGUCAUGUCAUCAGUGGAUUGAUGAACUGUCAUGUGAUGCUGACACCCGAAUCAUAAACUCUGUUUUGUCUAUCUUGAUGUCUCUGUGUGCUUUAUAGCGAAGCAGCCGACCUGAAUCGCUUGUUCAUUAUACCACUUAUGAAACUUGAGAGCACAUCCCAGUGGAGAUCCGGCUGUGCUUGCUUACAUUUGGUUCAUGACUUAAAAAAUCAAGUUCAGGAGUGAUUCCUGACGAAUCCAAGGCUCUGUCGCUGCUGGCUCCAGCCAAUGCCGUCGCAGGAUUGCUGCCCGGAGGCGGGCUCCUCCCGACACCCAACCCCGUCACAUCUAUGGGUGGUGUUUCUCUUGGAGGUCUUGGAGGGCCGAACUUGGACCCCAUGGCAGCUCUGGCCCUGGCGGCACCCAAUAUAAACACUCAGGCUUUGUCAGCCGAGCAGCUUAUGAAGCUGAUGGCAUCCAUAGACCCCAAGCUGAAUCAUCUGGCCUCGGGGCUCAACCUGAGCUCUGGACUGAAGACAGACUCCAACAAAGAGAUCGAAGAAGCCAUGAAGAGAGUGAGAGAAGCGCAGUCUCUGAUCUCCGCCGCCAUCGAGCCCGGAAGUAAGAAGGAUGAUAAACGCAAGCGCUCCAGGUCCAGAUCCCGGCGCAGGAGGUCCAGGUCCCGCUCCAGACACAGGAGGUCUAAGAGUCACUCCAGACGCAGAUCUGGCUCCAGGAGCAGGAGGAGGUCCAAGAGCCCCAGGAGGAGGAAGUCUCACUCCAGGGACCGCGGCAGACGCUCCAGGUCCAGAGAUCGGAGGAAGGAUGACAAGAGCAGAAAACGUUCAAAGACUCCACCCAAGAGCUACAGCAGCGCCAGACGCUCCCGCAGCACCAGCCGCAAACGGCACAGGAGAAGUCGCAGCGCGUCUCGAUCACCGAAGAAGUCACGAUCUCCCAAGAGGAAACUGUCCCGCUCGCCGUCUCCUCGCAGACACAAGAAAGAGAAAAAGAAGGACAAAGACCGUGAGCGAGACCGGAAGGACGACUGGGACAGAAAUCGGGACAAAAGAGAACGUUCCGACAGCAAGAAGAGCAAAGACAAGGACCGAGACAGAGACAGAGACAGGAAGUCCGACAGCGAGAAGGGAGAUGUGAAGGUGACCAGGGACUACGACGAGGAGGAGCAGGGCUACGACAGCGAGCACGAGAGGAACUCGGACGCCGUCUCGUCGCCGCACGCUAAAGAGCUCCGAGCGGACAGCGCAGGCCGCGGAGAGUCAGACGGACACAGUGAAGACCAGCGAGACGAAGACAUGGACAUGAGCGACUGAAGCAGUGUUCCAGUUCAGACCGGAUCAUUCCUUCGAGUUUCAGAAUCUGCUGUGUGUUCUAGAGCGGUUUCUUCUCUCGCGGAACGAUCUUAUCCUGUAUAUUUAGUGUAGGCUAUGUCUGUUAGCAGUUUCUAUUUAAAGAAAUCACCCUCUAAUUAAAAGUGCUUGGAUAACAUUGUCAAGCCUUGUUUUUUUUGUUUUGUUUUUUAAAAUGGAAUUGCAUUUGUUUUUUAUAGUUAGCCUGAGUUGGUUUGUCAUUUUAAACUCGUUUGUGGAAUUUCGCGUAAACUGAUUAACUUUUUUUCUUGCGGGUCAUUCACAGUCUGUUUUUCUGUAGUGAACUCGCAAGACUGUCUUUUGCGAAGAAAAUGACUUCUGUGUACUGUUUGCGAUGUUAUGAAUUUAAAAUAAAACUUCGUAUAAAAUUC